GCAAGUGUGGAAAACCAUAGCCACGAGUACAUCGUGUUUUGUAUUGUUCAGUGGGCGCUUCGUAUCAGGGGGUGACUCUGCAACACACGAAAGAAAGAUGCGCGCGCAUUUACCUCGAGCACAUAAUCGAACUGGGAGCGCCUUGCUUUUCACCCUUAGCUUCGUUCUCUAUUUGGUGAGUUACCUUGACAUUGGGUUGGGCAUUGUCGAUAGUGAUAUAAAUUGAUAAAGAAAUUAAAAUGUGUGGUGAUAGUGGUAGUGGUGGUUGAGAAAUUAUAAAAUGUAAAUGCAUAACUUUUUCUAAAAACUUUAAAAAGAAACCUGUUAAGUAGUGUAUAUAUAUAAUUGUGACUUACAAUGAUUCAACCAUUGGAUUUUUCGAAAAGGAUUUGAAGAUUAAAUAUGUCAAGGUGUAUCAUUUCAAAUGCGAGAACACGAAAAACGAUAGCAUAAAGUCAAUUUUUCUUCAUAAAUUUUUUUUGUAUCGCAAUUUAUUAUCAUCUGGCUCCUUCGUUAUCAGAAUCAUAAACUCAGUUAUAAAUCAUCAUUAACAAUCAAAUCAAUUCAGCAAAAAAAAAACUGAAAAAUUAUCUGGGAAAGUGACAGAAAACUCAAAUUAAAUAAUAUUUAGUAAAACAUUUAGCUGUAUAAUAAUUAUUUCUCAUUUCUUUACCAAUAUUUAAUUAUCGUUAUUAUGUUAUUUCUUUAUUGAAAUUUACCUCUAUAAAGUAAUAGAAGAAUAUAAAAUCGUUAAAACAAGAAUGCGAACGAAAACGAGGCUUCAGCCUUUUCGGCGACACCGGCGUCUUAUUCGAACUCGUGUGAGAAAUGUGCACGAUUUCAACACGGGGACGAUGAGUAUGGAUGAUUCCUGGUAUUCGCAAAUAAUACUUUACAAUAAGGCGCUAAGAAAAUGAAUGUGACCUUUGCCAAUUUGAGGUGGCUGUGAGAUAAACUGCGGGCUCUUUAAACGGGCUACGCACAUCUUAAUUUAAAACUAGGGGAUACAAAAAACCAACAUGACGGCGGUACCGGGCAAAGAAAACCCGGUUGUAUCAAAUACUCAAGAGACACAUCAGUAUGUUGGGCCUUAUCGGCUUGAGAAGACUUUGGGGAAAGGCCAGACUGGUCUAGUAAAACUUGGAGUUCACUGUGUACUUGGUAAAAAAGUAGCAAUUAAAAUUAUCAACCGUGAAAAACUGUCUGAGUCCGUGUUGAUGAAAGUAGAACGUGAAAUUGCUAUUAUGAAACUCAUUGACCAUCCUCAUGUGCUUGGACUUUCAGAUGUUUACGAAAAUAAAAAAUAUUUAUACCUUGUCUUAGAACAUGUAUCAGGGGGUGAACUUUUUGAUUAUUUAGUAAAGAAAGCUCGACUUACGCCGAAAGAGGCGAGGCGAUUUUUUAGACAAAUUAUUUCUGCAUUGGAUUUUUGUCAUAGUCACAACAUUUGUCACAGAGAUUUGAAGCCUGAAAAUUUGUUACUCGACGAAAAGAAUAAUAUUAAAAUAGCAGACUUUGGAAUGGCAUCAUUGCAACCAGCUGGAUCUAUGCUAGAAACAAGUUGCGGGUCUCCUCAUUAUGCAUGUCCGGAAGUGAUUAGAGGUGAAAAAUACGAUGGUCGAAAAGCAGAUGUAUGGUCAUGUGGGGUAAUUUUGUAUGCUCUUCUUGUCGGUGCACUGCCCUUUGAUGAUGAUAAUCUACGGCAACUUCUAGAAAAAGUUAAACGAGGUGUAUUUCAUAUACCACAUUUUGUACCACCAGAUUGUCAGAAUCUUCUUCGCGGAAUGAUUGAGGUCAAUCCUGAUAAACGACUCACAUUGGCAGACAUAAACAAACAUAUCUGGGUAACUGCAGCUGGUAAAGGAGAACUCGAGUUGGAACUCUCAAUGAUGGAAGUAGUACAAACACAUGUCAUUCCGUCCGUCGAGUUAAUAGAUCCAGACGUACUUCAAGCUAUCGCAAGUCUAGGGUGUUUUAAAGAACGCGAUAAACUUAUUCAAGAAUUGCUGAGUCCUAACCAUAAUACUGAAAAAGUUAUCUAUUUCCUCUUACUGGAAAGAAAAAGAAGAAGACCAGCCUGUGAAGAUGAGUUAGAAGGUAUAAGAAUAGGACUAAGAGGUUCUUCAGGACCAUUAGAAGCGGAUCCACCUAGAAAACGAGUUGAUACUUGUCGAGUAAAUGGAAAUACUGCAUUAAAUUUAGGACAAAUCAGUCAUGGAUCACCUUUAACGCCUAGAAGACAAUCCAGAUUAACCAAUGAUCCUAGUAGCGCACGACAUCAUACCCGACGUUCGCCAAGUACUGGAUCGCAUACGCACAUGUCACAUUCUCAUACCUCAACGCCAGGAAGUUCACCCAUGCAUAGUCCCAACGUUGCAGGUCUCCUCAGUCCACAUAGAGCAGUACCCAGUUCACAUCAUGGGCAAAAUCCAAGUCCACAUCGGUUAUCUAUUACUGGUGGAUCAGCCAGUGGAAAUGGUACAAUGUCCAGCACUACUACAACAACGGCAACUACGACUGUCUCAACGACUCCGGCUACUAGUCAACCGUUUUCAAGUGUUGCUAUUGAAUUAAAUGAGAUUCAAUCAAUUGGUAUAACACCUCCAGGUUCACCACAUACAGGAACUGGAACUGGAGCACAUCACUGGAGAUCUCGUUUAAAUACAAUUAAAAAUUCGUUUCUGGGUAGCCCGCGCUUUCAUCGACGCAAAUUGCUAACAAGCACCGAAGAGGUUCAUCUUACACCGGAUUCUUCACCUGAACUUACAAAAAAGUCUUGGUUUGGCAGUCUUAUGGCUACUGAAAAAGAUGAAACAUUUACAGUUCUUGUAAAAGGGAAACCUUUAGCAAGCGUCAAAGCUGAUCUUAUUCAUGCUUUUUUAUCAAUAGCUGAGCUAUCACAUAAUGUUAGCUCGCCAAUGUCUUUUAAAGUGGAAUACAAACGCAGUAGCACUGCACCUGCAAUGUUUCAACGACAAGUUAGAUUUCAAGUUGACAUCAGUGCAAUAUCUAAACAACCCAAUGAACCUUUGUUUGCUAUCACAUUUACGUUAUUGAGCGGAAACAUACGACGAUUUCGAAGGGUUUGCGAGCACAUACAAUCUCAAGUGUGCUCUAGGAAUAUUGGAAUAGCUCUUGGUGCUCAAAGCCGAGCGGCACCACCAAGUCCCAGGGCCUCUCGUAAAUUUACUACAGAGAUGAGUGAAAGUUCAAGCUGUGGAAGUGACACGAGUGAAAGACUUUUCCUCAGUCCUCAUCCUGCUACCAGACAGGUAGUUUAUUUUAACAAGGUUGACUCCGAUCUUGAAUCUGAAACUUCGGCAUUCGAUGGCAAAUCCCCAACUCACGAGAAUGGUCGAAAAAGCUCGACAUCAACAAACAAUAAUAAUCCAAUUACUGGCGAUGUAACACCAACGCCUGGAAGCCCAUCUAAAACCGUGCGAAGCAAUUCAGAAAGUCAAAAUACUCCAGAAAAAAAAUGUGUCACAACGAUGAGUGGCAACAACAUAGCGUGAUACUAUCAGAAUUUUCGUAUGGAAUUACGAACUAGCUUCGCUAGUCUGUGGAACAGUAUACAGUGAAUUUAAAGCAAUGCCGGUGUUUAAAUAACGGUAUUUCUCUGCUUCAAUAAGUUUAAUGAAUUUAGUUAUUUUAAAAAAGAAUGAAUUUAUAUCUAUACAUAUAUACCCUAGUAGCGUUCUUAAAGAAGUCUUACGUAAAUCUGUACCUUCAGUCUUCGGCAAGUCGGCAUCAUCAGUCUUGGACAAGUCUGAGGCACGAUACUUUCGUAAGAUACUUUAAGUAAAUCUGUAGUGAUAUUUGCUGAAGACAAGAUACUUGCUCAGGACGCGUGAGGACAGACUUGGUUAAGAUACCUGGAUAUGGCUACUCUCUUCAUUACUUCGCGAGCCGUCUAUUCAGUAUUAAUAUAGUAUUCAGUGGUGCUCACUUAAUGUUCGAUACAAUUUUAUCGAGUGAUAGUAUUAUCAGUUUGUUGUAAAACUUAAAAUUUAAAUGAGGACCACCGGGUUUGCUAUAGGUACUGCGUUUGAGAUUGGAGUGUUUCGGAGAUAACGAAACCCGAUAUCUUAAGUAAUUCUGCAGCGAUUUUGAGCUAGCAUUGUUAUAUAUUGCUUAAGAAUUGCUGCAGAUUUCCGUGAGUCUUUAAGAAUAAGAAUUGCUACAGAUUUCCGUGAGUCUUUAAGAAGAAUUUUAAGCAGGAUGAUAAAGUCUUUGGCCAGUAUACUUAUGAAAUCCAUCUUGUUCAAGUCUUGUUUAAAUCUUCCGUAAGAAACUUGCUGAAGGACUUUCCUCAAGUAAUCUGCUAAAGACAAUGCUACUAGAGAUGUAUAU